UUCUCGCUCACCCAUGUCAUAUCUCAGGCCACGCAACAUCCUCCGCCAACCCCUAACCCCUCAAACAAAGAAUAAAAACCCAGUCAAUCCGUCAAAAUGGCCGAUAAGCUGCGUACGCUCCAAAACCUCGAGGCCAUGCAGGCCCGCUACGUCGGUACCGGCCACGCUGAUACGACCAAGCACGAAUGGGCCUCAAAUAUCGUCCGCGACAGCUACGCUUCGUACAUUGGUCAUCCGCCCAUGUUGUCGUAUAUGGCUGUUGGGAUGGGGGAGCCGAAGGAGAAGGUUCGGGCUAUGAUGAUUGAGAAGAUGGUUCGGGGGGCUGGGAAUCCGCCCGAGACGCAGGAAUAAAUUGCGCUGGGGUAGAUUGGGACUUCAUCGUGAUUGUUGGGGGCUUGGGGGUUUGGUUCUGCUGGUUGUCCUUCCUCGCCGAUUAUCGCGGGUUUGCAGAUACGGAGUCGAGUGUGAUGGUCUAUAUGUUUCGACUGGGGGUGAGGCUCGGCGCGCCGGGGUUGGUAUGCUGCUCGAAGGCGGUUAUUGUGUCCCCGGAGGAAAUAUUUGAGCCUGUUUCCUGUUGCUGUUGAUUACUUGGGAGUUAAGGAGUAUUUUAGAAGGCUGUCUCUGUGGGAUACAUGGGUUAAUGAGUUGUAGAAUAUGGGCACGACCCGGUACUGGUUUAUUGCUUGUUAUGUACUAUUAUGAUUUAACAACUUCUGUUGCAUGUCCUUACUGAGGGUACGGAGGACGCGCGCUCAAGUGGGUGUCGGAACAAAACAGCUUUUUUACAGAUGCAUAAUAUGGC